ACUUUUCUUAGAUCAUAAACUCCGUCUUCACAACCAGAAGAGCGUGAGACCCUUUCAAUUAAAACUCGUAAGAAAAAAUCAAACACAAAUUCACAAAACAAAAUUUAUUCAGAUUUGACCCACCAAACCCCUGAGAAAUCCCCUCUCUUCAAUUCUCCAUUUAUGCGAGUCGCAUAAAAACAUCUUUCUCUGCUCUGUUUUUCUGCAUUCUUUGUUCAAUUAACAAUUUGUCGUGUUAAUUUAUCCAAUUGAGUUUGAAAUUGUAUUUCUAAAGCGGAGAAAAGGAGAAAUUAAGAGAUUUUUGUGAAAAUGGAGGCAAACGGGGGACCGAGAAGGCUGGGGAGUAGUAGGAGUAGUAUGAGCAGAACGAUGAGUCGAAGCAGAAGCAGAGCAAAUUGGAAUGUAGAAGAUGUGUUCAAUCCAAUGCCGAGCAGAAGAAGCACUCGUGGCGAAGAAGAUGAAGAAGCUCUUACGUGGGCUGCGUUAGAGAAAUUACCGACUUACGAUCGGUUGAGAAAAACGGUCCUUAAAUCGGUCAUGGAAAGUGAGAAUAAUCAGGGAAACCAAAAAGUUGUUCAUAAGGAAGUUGACGUUCGGAAUCUGGGAAUGAAUGAGCGACAAGAGUUCAUUGAUCGAUUUUUCAGGGUUGCUGAGGAAGAUAAUGAAAAGUUCCUCAGGAAGUUCAGAAAUCGAAUUGACAAAGUUGGGAUAACACUUCCUACAGUAGAAGUUCGGUACGAGCAUUUAACUAUAGAGGCAGAUUGCUAUAUCGGCGACAGAGCUCUUCCUACGCUACCUAAUGCUGCCAGAAAUAUUGCUGAAUCAGCUUUGAGUUGUGUUGGAAUUAAUUUGGCAGAGAAAACAAAACUUACCAUCCUUAAAGAUGCUUCUGGAAUAAUCAAACCCUCUAGGAUGACUCUUUUAUUAGGUCCACCAUCUUCUGGGAAAACGACCCUUCUGUUGGCUUUGGCUGGAAAAUUAGACCCUACCUUAAAGGUUAGAGGAGAAAUCACUUACAAUGGGCACGGAUUAAAGGAAUUUGUACCACAGAAAACAUCGGCAUACAUUAGUCAAAAUGAUGUUCACGUUGCUGAAAUGACUGUUAAAGAAACUCUUGAUUUCUCUGCUAGAUGCCAAGGGGUCGGCUCUCGAUAUGAACUGCUGACGGAGCUUGCAAGGAGAGAAAGGGAUGCUGGAAUCUUUCCGGAGGCUGAAAUCGAUCUUUUCAUGAAGGCAACUGCUAUGGAGGGAGUUGAAAGCAGCCUAAUUACUGAUUACACACUCAGGAUUUUGGGACUUGAUGUGUGUCGGGACACCAUUGUUGGGGAUGAAAUGAUACGAGGCAUUUCUGGUGGCCAGAAGAAGCGUGUCACUACAGGUGAGAUGAUCGUUGGGCCAACAAAAACACUAUUCAUGGACGAGAUAUCUACUGGACUGGACAGCUCCACCACAUUUCAGAUAGUGAAAUGCUUACAGCAGAUUGUACAUCUCACUGAGGCCACUGUUUUGAUGUCUCUCCUCCAGCCUGCUCCUGAGACAUUUGAUCUCUUUGACGAUAUCAUUCUCUUAUCUGAAGGCCAGAUUGUUUACCAGGGCCCACGUGAACAUGUCCUCGAGUUCUUUGAAACUUGUGGUUUUAAAUGUCCGGAAAGAAAGGGUACUGCUGACUUCUUGCAAGAGGUUACCUCAAGAAAGGACCAAGAGCAGUACUGGGCAAAUAGACAGAGACCAUACCAGUACAUUUCAGUAACUGAAUUUGCAAAGAGAUUCAAGCGCUUCCACGUCGGCUUACGUAUAGAAAAUGAGCUCUCUGUUCCCUAUGACAAAACAAGAAGUCACCCAGCAGCUCUAAUAUUCAAGAAGUACACUGUCCCUACACUAGAGCUUCUAAAGACAAACUUUGACAAGGAAUGGCUUUUGAUCAAGAGAAACUCUUUUGUUUACGUUUUCAAGACCGUGCAAAUCAUCAUCGUUGCACUCAUCGGAUCAACUGUGUUCUUGAGGACCAAAAUGCACACUAAUACUGUUGAUGAUGGCGCUACCUAUGUUGGUGCACUCCUAUUUGGAAUGGUCAUCAAUAUGUUUAACGGUUUCUCUGAACUCUCAAUGAUCAUACAGAGGCUUCCCGUUUUUUACAAGCAUAGGGACCUUCUCUUCCAUCCAACUUGGGCUUUCACUUUACCAACUGUGCUCCUAAAGGUACCAAUUUCUGUGUUCGAGACUAUUGUGUGGAUGGUCAUGACAUACUAUACCAUUGGUUAUGCCCCCGAAGCUAGCAGGUUCUUCAAGCAAUCACUGCUGACUUUUCUGAUCCAACAAAUGGCUGCUGGAUUAUUUAGGCUCACUGCAGGAGUUUGUAGGACUAUGAUUAUUGCAAAUACUGGUGGAGCACUCAUGCUCCUUCUUGUGUUCCUAUUGGGUGGUUUCAUCCUGCCUAGAGGCUCAAUUCCAGACUGGUGGCGAUGGGGCUAUUGGGUUUCACCUCUUUCCUAUGGGUUCAAUGCCUUCACUGUAAACGAAAUGUUUGCUCCAAGGUGGAUGAACAAAUUUGCUCCAGAUGGCACUACUAGAUUGGGUCUGCAAGUGAUGAAAAAUUUUGACGUCUUUACUGAAAGACGAUGGUUCUGGAUUGGUGCUGCUGCUCUUCUAGGGUUCACAAUUCUCUUCAACGUUCUUUUCACCUUAGUCCUUAUGUAUCUCAGCCCUUUAAACAAGCCACAAGCUACACUAUCCAAAGAGCAGGCCAGCGAUAUGGAAGCUGAUCAAGAAGAAAGCACGGGAAGCCCUAGACUUAAAAUCAGCCAGUCGAAGAGAGAUGAUCUCCCUCGAUCCUUAUCUGCAGCAGAUGGAAAUAAGACAAGAGAAAUGGAAAUCCGACGAAUGAGCAGUCGUACCAGUUCUAGUGGCCUCUACAGAAAUGAGGAUGCAAAUCUUGAGGCUGCAAAUGGUGUUGCAGCAAAGAAAGGAAUGAUACUGCCAUUUACCCCUCUGGCAAUGUCCUUCGAGGAUGUGAGCUAUUUUGUUGACAUGCCACCUGAGAUGAAGGACCAAGGAGUGACAGAGGACAAACUUCAAUUGCUUCGCGAAGUAACUGGUGCAUUUAGGCCAGGAGUAUUGACAGCAUUGAUGGGAGUCAGUGGAGCAGGGAAGACUACACUCAUGGAUGUUCUAGCAGGACGUAAGACUGGAGGCUACAUCGAAGGUGACGUAAGAAUAUCUGGAUUUCCAAAAAAUCAAGAAACAUUUGCCAGAGUUUCAGGAUAUUGUGAACAAACUGAUAUACACUCACCUCAAGUAACUAUCCAUGAGUCUUUGAUAUUUUCGGCUUUCCUCCGGCUCCCUAAAGAAGUCAGCAAAGAAGAUAAGAUGAUUUUUGUGGAUGAAGUAAUGGAUCUGGUUGAGCUAGACAAUCUCAAGGAUGCAAUUGUAGGACUUCCAGGAGUUACUGGUUUGUCAACGGAACAAAGAAAAAGAUUGACCAUUGCAGUAGAGCUUGUCGCGAAUCCUUCAAUUAUAUUCAUGGAUGAACCAACUUCUGGUCUUGAUGCAAGAGCAGCAGCUAUUGUUAUGAGAACUGUAAGAAACACAGUAGACACCGGGAGAACUGUUGUCUGCACAAUACAUCAACCAAGUAUUGAUAUAUUUGAAGCAUUUGAUGAGCUGCUUCUUAUGAAAAGAGGAGGACAAGUAAUCUACGCAGGUCCAUUGGGUCGACAUUCUCAGAAAAUUAUUGAAUAUUUCGAGGCAAUUCCGGGAGUUCAAAAAAUUAAAGAGAAAUACAAUCCAGCAACCUGGAUGCUAGAAGCGAGUUCAAUUGGCACAGAAGCUCGACUUGGAAUGGAUUUUGCUGAAUACUACAGAUCAUCAGCUUUACAUCAACGAAAUAAGGCUCUUGUCAAAGAGUUGAGUGCACCUCCUCCUGGAGCCAAAGACCUCUAUUUUACCACACAAUUUUCCCAGCCAACAUGGGGUCAGUUUAAAUCCUGCUUAUGGAAGCAAUGGUGGACUUACUGGAGAAGUCCAGACUAUAACCUUGUCAGAUUCUUCUUUAGUCUGGCUGCAGCACUAUUGAUUGGGACAAUUUUCUGGAAUGUUGGCAGUAAAAGAAAAAGUAGUGGUGAUCUAAUGACAGUCAUCGGGGCAAUGUAUGCAGCUGUGCUGUUUGUUGGAAUCAAUAAUUGUUCGACCGUACAGCCAAUUGUAGCCGUCGAAAGAACCGUCUUUUAUAGAGAAAGGGCUGCUGGGAUGUAUUCAGCUUUACCAUAUGCUAUGGCACAGGUAUUUGCAGAAAUACCAUAUAUACUCGUCCAAACUACAUACUAUACUCUUAUAGUGUAUGGUAUGGUGGGCUUUGAGUGGACGGCAGCUAAAUACUUCUGGUUCUAUUUUGUAACCUUCUUCUCCUUCCUAUACUGGACAUACUAUGGAAUGAUGACCGUUUCCAUCACACCCAACCACCAAGUAGCCGCGAUCUUUGCUGCAGCUUUCUAUGCACUUUUCAAUCUUUUCUCCGGUUUCUUCAUCCCCAGACCAAGAAUUCCCAAGUGGUGGAUAUGGUAUUACUGGAUCUGUCCAGUGGCAUGGACUGUUUAUGGUAGCAUUGUGUCACAGUAUGGUGAUGUGGAGGAUACUAUCCAAGUCCCAGGAGUGUUUCCAGACCCAAGGAUUAAGGACUACAUUAAAGAUCAUUUCGGAUACAAUCCGGACUUCAUGGCGCCAGUUGCCGUGGUUUUGGUUGGUUUUGCAGCCUUUUUCGCCUUUAUGUACGCUUACGCUAUUAAGACAUUGAACUUCCAAACUAGAUAGGUAGAUAUGCAUAGGUAAAAAGGCUUGUAAAUAUUGCCUGAAGCCACCUAUUCUUUCAGAAUAUUUCGUGGGAAUUGCUAUGUAUUAUUCAUAAGAGUAUAACAAUCUAUAGAGACAUCAAAAAGGUUAUACACCAGUAGGAUAUUUAGUAUGCAAUGUAUUAGGAAUUUUGGAGAACUGAGGAUUGCUCAUUGUUAUGAAACUCAAGCGUAGUCUCCUCAGCGUAGCACAAAAAUGUAACUUAUAAUCGGCUUGCGAGGGCAAAAUUUAAUUGUAAAUUACCAAUGCUUAUAUACAAUAAGAUUUCUACUUUUCCUACUU